AUGAGUAAACCUGCAGCUAUGUUGGCAAUGAGUGGAUCAGGUGUUGCUGCUCCCGCUGGUGGCGGUGGACAGGCCACAAAAGUGAUUAAACGUUAUUUGGGAGCAUUUGAUUUCGAUUAUACGGUGGUAGCUCAAAACACAGAUACCGUAGUGCGUGAUAUCCUGCCGCCGAAUAAGUUGACCAAAGAUCUACAAGAAAUUGCCGAGGCCAAAGGAUGGACGGAACAUAUGGCUGAGAUAUUUCGACGGCUACAUGAAGUGAACAUAAAACCCGACAAGAUAUUGCAAACAAUACAAGCUAUACCCGAGGUACCGGGAUUUGUGCGUAUGCUCAAAAGGCUAAAGUCGAAAUAUGAUUGUGAUUUGAUUAUUAUCAGUGAUUCGAAUAGUAUUUUCAUCGAGGAAUGGCUAAAAUAUCAUGGACUAAGUGAUAGUUUUACCAAAGUUUUCACGAAUCCUGCACGAUUUGAGGCGAACGGAUUGCUGACCAUUCAACCGUAUCAUCAUCAAACCGAAUGUCGUAUGAGUUCGGCAAAUCUGUGCAAAGGCAAGGUGUUGGAACAUUUUCUCAUUGAACAAGAUCUACGCUAUAAUAUGACAUAUGAACAUGUCAUCUAUGUUGGUGAUGGCAACAAUGAUAUUUGCCCUGUUACCAAGUUGAGUCCGCGUGAUAUUGCCUGCCCUCGGGAGGGUUUUUCAAUGGAUAAGACCUUAACUAAAAAUCCUUUAAAACUGAAAGUCCGUUCGGAAAUAAUACGUUGGAAGACCGGUUUUGAUUUGUUGGAGAAGUUAGAAAAACAUAUAGAGAAAACUUGUCAUAAUAAAUCACUUCGGGCAGGCGAACAAGAGAAAAAGUUGAAAAACGAAGAAAUACCACAGCGUAAAAAUUCAACAACCACAGAAGUUCAUUAG